GGCACAGUCACUGCUCUCGGAGAACCCGUCCGAUGUGGCCAAGCACAUCACCAUGAUCCGGAACUGCGCGGUGGAGCACAACCUGGAGGGGGCCAUGAACAUCUUCGAGUCGCUGAAGAAGAGCGGCGCGGAGUUGAAUUCCGUGGUUUACAACACCGUGCUGGAUGCGUGCGUGGAAUGUGCUGAGCUGGAGAAGGCUCAAAGAUGGAUGGAGCAAAUGAAGAAAGAUGGAAUGUCCGACGUGGUCAGCUACAACACUUUGAUCAAAGCCCAGUUGCAGGCUGGCAACAUGAAGAAGGCCAAAGCGCUGGUUGAGGAGAUGAAGGCGGAGCAGCUCCAGCCGAACUGUAUCACCUUCAACGAGAUUGUGAACGCCACGGUCUCGGACAAGAAGCUCCGCUCGGAGGUCUGGAGCGUGAUUCAGGAGAUGCAGGCUGCUGGGGUGAAGCCCAAUCAAGUCACCUGCUCGAUCCUGCUGAAGAACCUCAACAGUUCCUCUUCAGAGGUCGAUAUCGACCAAACGAUGAGCUUGAUCAACGGCAUGGAGGAGCAGUUGGAUGAAGUCUUGCUCUCUUCCGUGGUAGAGGCCUGCGUGAGAAUCGGCAAGCCCGACCUCCUCAAUACCAAGCUGAGGCAGCUGAUGUCCGGGGAUAUCAAGGUGAACGGCUCUCACACCUUUGGAUCGUUGAUCAAGGCCUAUGGACAUGCCCACGACAUGAAGUCGGUUUGGCGAUGCUGGAAGGAAAUGCGAACACGUCACAUCAAGCCCACCAGCAUCACCGUGGGCUGCAUGAUCGAGGCGGUGGUCUCCAACGGCGACCCCGAUGGCGCCUGGCAUUUGAUCCAAGAGUUGGGCGAGGAUCCUAGCUGCAAGGGCAUCCUGAAUGCCGUGAUCUACUGCUCAGUCCUGAAGGGCUUUACCCGUGAGAAGAAUGCCGCCAAAGUCUGGGCCGUCUAUGAGGAGAUGCAGAAGCACAACAUUGACCUGUCGAUCGUGACCUACAACACCCUCCUGGACUGCUGCGCUCGCUGCUGCCGCAUGGAUGGAGUACCCGCGAUCAUCGAAGACAUGAAGAAGGCCAACAUCAAGCCCAACAUCAUCACCUACAGCACUAUGCUGAAGGGCCACUGCCAGACAGGUGACAUUUCCUCAGCCUUCAAGCUGGUGAAGGAGAUGAGGGAAGAGGCUGAUUUGGUGCCGGAUGAGAUCAUGUACAAUUCGCUCCUAGACGGCUGUGCUCAAAGCAGCUUGGUGGAUGAAGGCCUCCGAGUGCUGCAAGAGAUGCAGGAGGCCCACGUGAAGCCCAGCAACUUCACCUUGUCCGUCUUGGUGAAGUUGAUGAGCCGUGCGCGGCGCGUGGACUACGCCUUCGACCUGGUCAAGGACUUGUCGGAGAAGUACCACCUGAGCCCCAACAGCCACGUCUACGCCAACCUGGUCCAGGCGUGUUGCUUCAGCAAGCAACUGCAGCGUGGUCUCAAGACCUUGGAAGAGAUGAUGGUACGUAAGGUCCAGCCGGACAAGCGCACCUACUCUAUGCUGCUCCGAACGGCCGUUCAGCAGUGCCAGUUUGAUCAGGCGGAUGGCCUGCUUCGUGGUGCUUUAGGGGUCUCGGGAGCUUUGCCUUUCCUGGACAAGCCAUGGUCGCUGUGUCCAGGCGUCGAAGAAGCGGCCUUGUCGGAGACCUUGUCCUCCAUGGCCAGCUCUCCUGAGGGCAACAAGGUCGCUGCUGGAUUCCUCGUGGACGUGCGAAAGGAGAAGCCCAAGGUUUGGGUCGACCCUGCCGUGCAGCGCUGUGUGCUGCAAGGGGGCCAGGGAGCCGCCACUUGGACCGAGCGCAGAAGCUCCAAAGGCAAAGGCAAAGGCAAGGGGCAGCGAGCCUGAUUGCAUCAGAUUGGCCUAUGUACAGUGCUGUGAAUCCGAUGAUACUCCUCCUGACAACUUUCAUGGGCCUGCUGGACUAUUUCCGAAA